AUCUUGUUUACGUGUAUUUCGUCAAAAAAAUCAGAUUUAGUCUUAAAUAAAUUUAUUUUUACAUAAUAUGGACGACGAGGACGAUUAUUGGAAUACCAGUGAAACUAAGGCUAAAGCUUUUAGCUUUGACGAUGACGUCCUCUCACCUCAAGAAAUCUUGGCUAUUGGUCAGAACAAGUCACCAGGGCAAACUGAAGACAGCCUGUUCUCGGGCGCCAUCAUCAGUAAUGUGAAGACGGCUACCCUCCCUCUGUCCAGUCUGGUGUCUAAUAAAGUGCUGGAGUUGAUUCUCCUCGCGCAAUCGGGAAAGGACCCCAAAGCGGCGCAGCCCCAGGAGCAAACCGUGUCCACCACCAUCAGAAGACUGGUUCUAGGUCGGCCCUGCUCGCUGCACAGCCACAGGAGUUUGCGGAGCAAGACGGAGCUGCUAGAUGCUGCCGGGGCCGUGGGAGACGGCAAUGCCAUUUUAACUGUAGUAUUAUUCCUGAUUCAAACCCUAAACAAGAAACUAGUGUACGAGCUGCUGUCCUCACGGCCUCUCGCCCUCAACCACUAUAUUAGCUUCCUUCAGAACGAGGGCAAAAUAUCGGAACUGACGGAUCUGCUUACAAUGCUGGGCAGAUCUCCAGAUGCAGCUAUGCACCAAUUUCAACAACACAUGCGAACAGGCGGCUCUGUGGACGGCUUACUGCGGAAGGUAACCAACCUGGUUGCCAAUCAUUUUAACCAACCAGGAAUUGACGCGCACCAAGUGAAGAUGUUAGCUGAUUUUGUCAAAUUACUGGAGUGGCAAAAAUUCAGUCAGAAGUCAGUUCUCGAAAACAAGUCAGCUUUGUACUGUCUGGCAUACUGUUGUGCCAAUCAUUGGCACGAGGGCGCGGGUAAUAUGAUGUCACCUCUUACUCUGUGCCAGAGACAGCAGAUAAGUCCACUUCAGUACGACUGGGUUGUAUUGAAUGUUCACGCCAAGUCGGGAAAAUGGGAUAUCGUCGAGUCGUUAUUCACCAAAAAGGACUGGCUCGGCCGAACAACCGUCUCCUCCCACAUACCAAUAGAAACCCUUCUUUCAAGACUGAGCGACAUGCAAGCCAGCAAGCAGUUGCUUGCCACAUGCGUCAAUAAGGUUGCCGCGUCGCAAGAUAGACUACGAUUAGCACAGGCGUUUAAAAUACAUUCCGUGGUAAUAGAAACAUAUGCGAAGCAGAAAGACAGACUGGCGCUCCAGAACUACAAGAUGACUUUAAACCCACAGUCAGAGGAAUUUAUACUAGUCGAGAAUACGCUUAGAGACAACUCCAUCAAAUGGAAAAACUGAACAAAUGACAGAAAAUUCACUAAACAAGAUACAGGAUACGGAAAAUCUCAUUAAACACUACGGCUCUCUUAUAAAUUUUAUACUACUUCGUUGAAUUUUAUUUUCAUCACACUGGAUUAAUUAGGACAUUAUUACACAAAUUGACUAAGUCCCACAGUAAGCUCAAUAUGGCUUGUGUCGAGGGUACUUAAACAACGUUAUAUAUAAUAUAUAAAUACUUAAAUACAUAGAAAACACCCAUGACUCAGGAACAAAUAUCCAUGCUCAUCACACGAAUAAAUACCCUUACCAGGAUUUGAACCCGGGACCAUCGGCUUCAUAGGCAGGGUCAUUACCCACGAGGCCAGACCGGUCGUCAUUAAUUCAAUUGCCGUUUAAAAUAUUUUUACGCAAUUUUCAAUCGUGGCUGAAUGCGAUGGAUCUGUGCCUUCGAUGCCUGUCAAAAAUGACAAUAUGGCGGACGAAUGUUGAAAUGUACGUAUUUAAGAAUUAUUUCGCUUAAAAUUGUUUUUUACUCACAAGUGUGAUGAAAAACAUUGUGUGUGCCACGGGCGGUACAAAAAUUACGAACUCGUGUUAAGCUCUGGCAUUCGGCUUCGGGCUUAAUUAACACUUGUUCGUAAAUUCUUGUUUACCGCACUUAAUACACAAUGUACUAUUUCAUGUUAUCUAAGUGUACCUACUCAAAAUAUAUUUAUACAUAUAUCUAAGUACUUGAAAUAAAUGGAUAUUUUAUUUCUACUA